AGUACGUUUUAUGGAAUACCAAAGUUUAUUUCGAUAGCCACGCCUAAACUUCUCCCUUAUUAAGGGUACCCCUCCUUAUUCCUAACACAGAUAUACAAUAUUCCCAUGUACCGUAACAUUUCCUGUACAGUCGGUGCAAUAUCUUUGUUUCAUAUUCAAUGAAUCUAUAAUAAAAGUGUUUAAUUCUGUUAAAUAUAAUAUUGUUUGUUUAUUCAAUGCAUGCAGAUAAUAGGAAAGUGAUGUCAAUUAAAGCAGGAAAUUUUAAGUUCAAAUAACCUAUUCUUAUUGAUGAUAUAUGCAGCACGCAACGAUAUUAACGUCUUCUUACCAUCAGAUUGAAUUAAUACGAAAAUAUGUCUAGUGAAAGCGUAAAAACGUUUGCUAGUCUUGAAACACCUGGAUAUGUGGGAUUUGCAAAUUUACCGAAUCAAGUCCAUAGAAAAUCAGUAAAAAAAGGAUUUGAAUUUACAUUGAUGGUUGUUGGAGAAUCUGGUCUUGGAAAAUCUACAUUAGUAAAUAGUUUGUUCCUUACUGAUUUAUAUCCAGAACGUAUAAUUCCUGAUGCCAUAGAGAAAACUAAUCAAACUGUUAAACUUGAUGCUUCAACUGUGGAGAUUGAAGAAAGAGGUGUCAAACUUAGAUUAACUGUUGUUGACACCCCAGGUUAUGGAGAUGCAAUUGAUAAUACAGAUAGUUUUAGAGCUAUCAUACAAUAUAUAGAUGAUCAAUUUGAAAGAUUUUUACGUGAUGAAAGUGGUUUAAAUAGAAGGAAUAUAGUAGAUAAUAGAAUACACUGUUGUUUUUAUUUUAUUUCUCCAUUUGGACAUGGACUAAAACCUUUGGAUAUAGAAUUUAUGAAACAACUUCAUAAUAAAGUUAAUAUUGUGCCAGUGAUUGCAAAAGCUGAUGUACUUACGAAAAAAGAAGUACUGCGUUUAAAAAAACGAGUUAUGGAAGAAAUUGAAGGUAGUGGUAUAAAGAUUUAUCCUUUACCAGAUUGUGAUAGCGAUGAAGAUGAAGAUUACAAAGAACAAGUUAGACAACUAAAAGAAGCAGUUCCAUUCGCUGUAUGUGGAGCAAAUACCUUAUUAGAAGUAAAAGGACGAAAAGUACGUGGACGAUUGUAUCCAUGGGGUGUAGUAGAAGUUGAAAAUCCAGAUCAUUGUGAUUUUAUAAAACUAAGGACAAUGUUAAUCACACAUAUGCAAGAUUUACAAGAAGUAACUCAAGAGGUACAUUAUGAAAAUUAUCGCAGUGAAAGACUAGCAAAAGGAGCUCCUGUACCACCUCGGAGACAAACGAUUGCAGAAUCUGAAAGAAGCAAUUCUGUAUCAGAGAAGGAUCGUAUUUUACAAGAAAAAGAAGCUGAAUUACGACGAAUGCAGGAGCUAGUGGCUGUAAUGCAGGCGCAAAUGCAACAACAACAACCUUAAUUAUAUAUGCUUUCUGCACAAAUGUGUGAAGAAAAAUUAAUUCUUCGCCAUUACAGGUGCCAAAAAGUUGUAUUAAAUGAUUAAUUAAUUAAUGCUAUUCAAGACAAUUUAAACAUAAAUUUACAAUUUUCAAGAAUUUAUUUUUGACUAUCUUAAUCAAGAAAUAUACGUUUUUUAUUGAAUAUUUUUGAUUCAGAAAACUAUAGGUAAUUAUCUAGACAUAAAAUGGAAUGUGUUAACAAAAUCGACAAGUAAAGUAAAUUUAAAGUACAGAAAACUAAUUAUAGAUAAAGUAACUAUAAUUUCAUAAUUACACAAGAAUGCGUAAUAAGUGCCUUGCAUAUUUUUCUUUAAUAAAACAACUUAUAAUUUUAAUUAUUAAAAUACAAAUAUCAAAAAUAGUAUAUAAUCCUUUUAUAAAAUAAAGCUAUUAUAAAACAAUUUGUACUUCUUAAAAUAACGAAUGUAAUACAGCUUAUAUUCGAUAAAAUAUCAUAUAGUAUUGAUAUAAUACGUAAAGAUAAGCAGAAACACUCUUUUUAAGUAUAACACAAAAUAUAGAAAAUCUCAUUUUAAAAUAGGUAAAGGAGAUUCAUGAGGUACAAUGUGAAUUUAAUAAUAAAGAACUAAUAUUUGUUGUAUAAAUAUAUAUAAUGACAUUUUAUGAAGAUUGAUAUUUUACACAAUUGACAAAAAUAUUAGUAAAGCUAUACAAUUUGCAUAUCGUCCAACAUUCUAUGUAUAUUUUUUUAUAUAACAAAUUUUUAAGACUGCCAAUAUUAAAUUGUCAAUAAUCAUUCAAUAUAUGCAAACACUACAACAUUUACUUUUUGCCGUGAUAAGCAGUGUUAAAUAUAAAAUGUAGAUUUACAUGUUUACAUACAUAUUCGCAAUAUGUAAAAUAUUAUGGUCAAAUAACAUCAAUUUUAU